AUGUACAACGUUGUUUUUGUUCUCGGUCCACCAGGAUCCGGAAAAGGAACUAUCUGCUCGAAGAUUGAACAGAAUCUUGGAUAUGUCCAUCUCUCUGCCGGAGACUUGCUUCGAGCUGAACGUGAAAGAGCCGGGAGCCAAUUUGGAGCUCUUAUUGAGAACCAUAUCAAGAAUGGAUCCAUCGUCCCAGUCGAGAUCACGUGUUCCUUGUUGGAAAACGCAAUGAUUGCAAGCAAGGACGCCAACGGCUUCUUGAUCGACGGAUUCCCACGUAACGAGGAUAACUUGGAGGGAUGGAAAAAACAGAUGGGAGGAAAGGUCAACGAGCAAUUUGUGCUUUUCCUGUCCUGUCCAGUCGACGUCUGUAUUGACCGUUGCCUUCACCGCGGUCAAGGAAGAACCGAUGACAACGUGGAGUCGUUGAAGAAGCGUGUUGAGACCUACAACCAACAGACAUUCCCAAUCAUCGAACUCUUCGAAAAGGUUGGAAUGGUUCGCGAGGUCAACAGCGAGAGACCAGUCACUGAGGUGUACGAUGACGUCGUCAAGGUGUUCGCCACUGCCAACCAGAAAUAG